AUGGGAUGGUGUCGAUGGUGGAGAUGGUCGACAUGGUGGAGGCGGAGUCAUGGUCUCGACCAAGUACAAAAGGCGCAGCGUUCAGCUCUACAAAUCACCACAUCCAUCCAGCUUCCUCUCUCAUCUCAUCCUUCCACAACUGUAACGAAGAGAGACGAGAUGGAGUCCGACGGCCGAACAAAGGCCUACAAAUUUGUCGCCUAUGCGGCCGUCUCAUUCUCGAUUGUGGCUGUACUGUCCGUAGUACUUACACUACCCAUGGUCUAUAAUUACGUAAACCAUGUACGACGACAAAUGCAACACGAAAUCUCCUUCUGCAAGGGAUCCGCUAAGGACAUUUUCGCUGAAGUCAACUUUAUGAAAGCCCACACUGGUCCCUCUGCCCCACAGAAUCGUACUUCCCGUCAGUCCGGUUACGGUGCACCAGAAGUUAAUCCUGCACCAAAUCUCCAGUGCGAGGGCUGCUGUCUGCCUGGACCACCUGGACCAGCUGGAGUUCCCGGUAAGCCUGGAAAGCCCGGUCGUCCUGGAGCACCCGGACCACCCGGACCACCCGGACCUCCUGGACCACCCGGAGACCCAGGAGAGGCUGGUACCCCUGGACGCCCUGGAACUGAUGCACCUAAUGGACAGCCCGGACCUCGUGGACCACCAGGACCAGCAGGAGAACCUGGACAGCCCGGACCUCAAGGAGAUCCCGGAGUGCCAGCACAGAGCGAGCCUCUCACACCCGGAGCACCCGGAGAGCCAGGAGACCCAGGACCACCCGGACCACCCGGACCUCCUGGAGCACCCGGAAACGAUGGAGCCCCUGGACCAGCUGGACCCAAGGGAGCACCAGGACCCGAUGGACCACCUGGAGUGGAUGGACAGGCUGGACCUCCUGGACCACCCGGAGCACCCGGUAUUGCCGGAGAGAAGGGUAUCUGCCCCAAAUACUGCGCCAUCGAUGGUGGAGUGUUCUUCGAGGAUGGAACUCGACGUUAA